AUGCCAAAAUCAGCGAAAUAUUCCCUCCCAGCAGAGCACAUCAAACAGUUGGAGGAUCGAUGCAGAGCCGAGUGCAGGGACCUCAUCCUCUGCACGGCUGAUUUCCUGGAAUUCUACUACAAGCGACAUGGAUGCGACGCGACGCUUCCGAAUUGGUCGAAAAAGUGGAUGACUCAUUUGUUGGGCAGAGCCAACACUCUCAAUCUUCCGAUUACCCGGAAAAUUUUAACUCAAGCCAUGUUCUUCACAAUUCGUGUCCGCCAAAACUUUGAGCAUGCUGAUCGUCGAAUGGUCUACUAUCCAUACACCCCAUCUCCACCACAAUGUGUUCCAGAACAUCCAACGAAUCCAUUCAAAGCAAAGGAUGUCCGUCGAUUCAUGAGUUCUCUGCAGAAUAUCACCACUGAGAUGACAAUUCGCGGAUAA